GGCGGUAACUCUAGCAAGUCUCUCCUGGUUCCCGGCUUCACGCGGAUUUUCACGGAUCGAGGAUAAGAGGCCACUGGACUCCACGCUUUGGUCACCAACCUUCUUGCGAACAGAGCGAAGCGGCAGCAGCGAACCGGGUCCCACCAUGGCCGCGAAUUAUUCCAGUUCAGGUCCCAGAAAAGAACAUGUCAAAAUUACGACCAGCCCCCAGCCAGGCUUCCUGGAGCGGCUGAGCGAGACCUCGGGUGGGAUGUUUGUGGGGCUCGUGACCUUCCUGCUCUCCUUCUUCUUAAUUUUCACCAAUGAGGGCCGUGCAUUGAAGACGGCAACCUCGCUGACCGAAGGGCUGUCACUUGUGGUGUCCCCUGACAGCAUCCACAGUGUGGCUCCAGAGAAUGAAGGGAGGCUGGUGCACAUCAUUGGAGCCCUGCGGACAUCCAAGCUCUUGUCUGAUCCAAACUAUGGGGUCCAUCUUCCGGCUGUGAAACUGCAGAGGCACGUGGAGAUGUACCAAUGGGUGGAAACUGAAGAGGACAGGGAGUACACUGAGGACGGGCAGGUGAAGAAGGAGACGAGGUACUCCUACAACACGGAAUGGAGGUCAGAAAUCAUCAGCAGCAAAAACUUCGACCGAGAGAUUGGCCACAAAAACCCCAGUGCAAUGGCAGUGGAGUCAUUUACAGCAAAAGCCCCAUUUGUCCAAAUUGGCAGGUUUUUCCUCUCAGCAGGUCUCAUUGACAAAAUCGACAACUUCAAGCCACUGAGCCUGGCCAAGCUGGAGGACCCUCAUGUGGACAUCAUUCGCCGGGGAGACUUUUUCUACCACAGUGAAAACCCCAAGUAUCCAGAGGUUGGAGACCUGCGUGUCUCCUUUUCCUACGCUGGACUGAGCAGUGAUGACCCAGACCUGGGCCCAGCUCAUGUGGUCACUGUGAUUGCCCGGCAGCGGGGUGACCAGCUAGUCCCAUAUUCUACCAAGUCUGGAGACACCUUGCUGCUCCUGCACCAUGGGGACUUCUCAGCAGAGGAAGUAUUUCAUAGAGAACUAAAGAGCAACUCCAUGAAGACGUGGGGCCUGCGGGCCGCCGGCUGGAUGGCCAUGUUUAUGGGCCUCAACCUCAUGACGCGGAUCCUUUAUACUUUGGUGGACUGGUUUCCUGUCUUCCGAGACCUGGUCAACAUUGGUCUGAAAGCCUUUGCCUUCUGUGUGGCCACCUCGCUGACCUUGCUGACGGUGGCUGCUGGCUGGCUCUUCUACCGGCCCCUGUGGGCCCUCUUCAUUGCCUGCUUGGCCCUAGUGCCCAUCAUCAUUGCUCGAACACGCGUGCCAGCCAAAAAGCUGGAGUGAAACAGGCCCCGACACCCACACGAUACUGCGUGAACCCCAGAACCCACCCCUCACCUCUGACUCAACUCCACGCCAGAGCAGGGACCUGGGUCAGUUUGGGAUCCUGCACCUCUCCUCUCUUCAAGGGGCCAGACUUGCAGCUGGCGUUUGGUGUUCCCCGUCCUUUUCUUGCCAGUAGGCAACUUUGAUAGGCAGAAACAGCUUGCGAAUGGCAACUUAACCAGCCUCCUCCUGCCGGUUUCCUUCCUUUCUCUCGGGACUGUUUCCCUUCUCGCCGUUGAUCUGUCAGCAGGGGAAGAUGCACAGGAGCUCCACAGAGGCAUGCUGCUCAGGGGCUCAGCCUUGCUGCUUGCUGCUUCUCAUCUCUGAAGACGAGUGCCAGGACUCUGCCACACCACCGACCACGUCCCUAAUCCUCGGAGCCUUUAGCCGAUCUGGAUCACCAGCACACAGACUAAGCAUGUGCCCUGCACACUGGAAACAAGUUUGUGGCUAGAACUCGACUUGGCACUUAAAAAAGAAAUACUGAAGAUGUCAUGAUGAGAAAAACUGGACAUUUGUUGGGCUUUACACUCAUUUCAUGGCUUAGCAGCUUUUUAGUGUGUAGGAUCUUCAAAGGCCGAUUUAAGUUUUUUUUCUUUGUUACUUUGCUGCCUCUUAUAUGCUUUCCCCAAAGGGGACUUAUGUGAAAUAAGGUUUAAAAAACAAAACAAAACCCACUUGAGUAAUUAACAUUUCAGACUGUUACAGGAAACCCCCUUUAAAGUGCCAGUUGGAUUUAAUUGAGAGCACAGAAAGGUAUUCAGUUGAGGUGCAGCUUCUAUAACAAGUUACCUCUGUCAGUAUGCUGGGUCACUGAGAAGCUUUAAAGAGGAUGCUUUUGAAACAAGUGUUAGCAAAAGGAUUUGUUUUCACUUUGGGAGAUGAGGAACCUCUAUGGGGGGAGAAGAGCAGUUCCUUUCAUCAUCUGGCAUCAGAAACUACCUAUGCACUUCAAGAUGGUUUUGAGUUUCUGGUCAGUCAUUAAAAGAAAAGGUUGGAAGCUUUAUCCUAAGUGGGCACCUUCAUAGAGACCCCAGUGAACCAAAAUCAAGAAUUCGAAGUCUAAGCCUUGCCGAAGAGUGCCCAUCCGGGGCUGCUUCUGAGUGGUUAUGUGUUAAGUGUCCAUAGCUUUACUCCUUUUAAAUAAAAUCUAUCUGUACCUAAAUCACGUAAUUUCUCAGUUUCCCAACUACUCUCACAGCCUUUUAAAGUAUGAUAUGAUUUCUUAAAAGAUUCUUUGUAUAUCCUUUAUCUUGUGUUCAGAAAUUGUUUUCUACUUGCUGGAAGUGGUUGCUUUAGCAACUAAGUAUUUGGUAGCUGAAUAAGAGGUCAGGGCUUCUGAAACUAGCAAUCUAUAAUAAUCUCUCUUAUCCUGGAAUAUCUGUGCUAUAAAUUGAUUCUUCAAGUUAGAAAAUACAGCCAGCCUGAGGUGAUUUAUCUGAGGUUCAGGAUUGAAAUGGUAUUCACUACUGCUUAUUAAAUGAGCAAUUUCAUCAAAUCUCUAGGACUCCUAAAGGAUGCUUUUGGAAAACAGACAGUAUACCUAGAUGAUGGCUAAAUACAAAAUUCUUAGAACUUGGUUUGUAUAAUUUUUCUAAUAUGAAUUUUAAAUUACUGCGAACUUAAAAAAGUGUUGUUAAAGUCCAAAAUGUUAAAAAUAU